AUGGCUGAGAUGGAUCGCCUGCCCGUGGCAAGGCCGGCCCCCGGCCCCCCAGCCCGCCCGAGCUCCGAGCUGGCCUGGGUGCAGCGGCGCACCCUGGAGGAGCAGGUGGAGCUCUGGUGGUUCGGGGAGCCGCGCGUCUCCCUGCUCUGCUACGGCGCCUCCGUGGGCCUGGUGCUGGGCCUGGGGCUGGGCGGCAUCGGCCUCCUCUCCACGGCCUCCUCCGCGUCGGGCCGCUCGGCCGCCUGGCGUCUGGGCGUGGGCUCCACACUCUGCCUGCUGGCGCUGGCCGUCCUCCUGAAGCAGCUGCUCAGUUCUGCCGUGCAGGACAUGGGCUGCGUGCGCAGCCGGAGGCGCGUGGAGCUGCUCCGCACCGGCGGCCGGAUGGACCCGGCACUGCUGCUGGCCGCUGGGGUUGGGGUGGCCGUGUGUGGAGGCACCCUGCUGGGGCUGGGGGAGCAGGACAUGCUGCUGUCAGGGGUGGUCCUCCUGGCCUGCGGGGGCACUGUGGUGCUGGGCGUAGGGGUGUACUCCACUGUGGCGGCGUGGCAGAUGCGGAGGGACGUGAGGAGGAGGAGGAGGCGCGGCAGGCGGAGACGAGUGCGGGUGUACACCGUCAGCACGGGCCCCAACCCACAGCCAUGGAGGGACUCUGCCUCUAGCCAGGCCAGUUUGAUAUGA